AUGACGCAACCUCAUGCAGAUGGGCCGCUGGCAAAGCGCCAGAGAGUCGCUGCUCCCACGUCUGGCACCAAAGCACAAGCGAAUGCUUCGCGCAUAUUUGCCCCGUUCCGAACUGUCGGCUUGGUUUCGCCGACUAGUGUGCCAUUUACCUCUAUCCCUCUCGGCAAAACAACAUUUCAGAUAACAACCUCGGUCGGCAAAGCCUUACAAACCUAUGACCUGAAGCGUGGUCUCAAUUUGGUCUUCGUCACCCGACCCGAAACUCCCGCCGUUAUUACCGCGACUUUUGCUUGGAAAGAAAAAGUCUUUGCUGCAUGGGGUGGAGCAGACGGUAAUCAAACUCAGGGCAUCUGGGUCUUUCAAAGAGGCAAAAAGAUUGAUGAGCUUACCCUCCCAGACGACCUUGACGAGCCGAUUCAGCAGAUUCUGGUUUUUGGAACGUGGCUUGUUGCCUGUGCCUCGAAGAGGAUCGAGGUUUUCAAAUCGGCAACUCUCGAACACUAUACAACCAUCCACACUAUGGCGGCCGCAAACGACGACAACGAAAUUACUGGUGGCGUGACCAUGAUGCCUACUUUCUUGAACAAGAUCUUUGUUGGUCGCAAGGACGGCUGGGUCGAAAUCUGGAAUGUGAGCACCGGAAAGCUCAUUUACACCAUUCUACCGCAAUUUUCCGAGGCUGGCUCUGUUACUUGUCUCGAGCCUAGUCCAGCGCUUUCUCUUCUCGCCAUUGCUUACUCAUCUGGCUUCUUGGUGGUGACCAAUGUGCUUACGGACCAGCCGCUGCUGCAAUUAGAAGCUGGAAGCACCGAUGCUCCCAUCACAUGCAUAUCGUUCCGUGCCGAUGGCGUGGGCGCCGGUACGGAUGGGCGCAAAGAUGGUGUUAUGGCGACCGCAACCACAGCUACAGGCGACGUCACAUUUUGGGAUCUCAAUGGCGGUGGCCGAGUCAUGAGCGUCCUGCGAAGCGCGCAUAACCCUCCCACAAGUGACGGGUCUGCCGUAAGGGGAGGCAUCAGCAAAGUCGAAUUUCUCCCUGGCCAGCCACUUAUUCUCACCAGCGGUCGGGACAACGCUCUAAAAUCUUGGAUUUUUGAUGCCAGUCCAUUCUCGCCUGUUCCCCGAGUCUUACAUUCGCGCAGUGGUCAUUCUGGGCCUGUAAAUUGUCUGACCUUUUUGCCAUCUGAUUUCGAUGGCGCUGAAGCGGGAAACAAAUGGUUGAUCAGCGGUGGCCGCGAUAGGAGCCUUUGGGGCUGGAGUUUGCGCCGCGAUGGUCAGAGUGCAGAGCUCAGCCAAGGCAAUAUUCGUAAACAGGCGAAAAAGGUUGGCAUCCUUGCCACUAAUGCUACUGCGCACGGCAUGACUACGACACUCGAAGAUCUCAAGGCACCCGAGAUUACGUGCAUCGCCACCUCCAUCAACCGUGACGGAGGAAUCGGCGCUCUGCCUGGCAAACAACCAAUCUGGCAAAAGGGCGCUGCGCAAAAGAAGAAGGUGGACGCCGAAAUCAGUGGUAUGACUGGUUGGGAAAGUGUCGUCACAGCACACAAGGGAGACGCUUAUGCCAGGACUUGGUUCUGGGGUCGCCGUCGAGCCGGACGCUGGGCUCUUCCUACCGGAGAUGGAUCCAAUGUUUCAACGGUUACCAUCAGUCCUUGCGGCACAUUCGCUGUCGUUGGAUCGGAGAAUGGUGGGAUGGACAUGUACAAUCUGCAGUCCGGCACUCAUCGCCAGCGCUAUCCUUCCAAACUGACUCCCGCACAGGCUCGUCAAGUCAAGGCUCAACAAUUACGACAGGGCGAUGAAUCUGUAUUAUCACACACAAACAGCGGCCAGAAAUUUCUACCUGGUUCCGGAAAACACACAAAGCCCAUUACCGGCCUGGUGGUCGACUCGAUGAACAAAUAUGUGAUAUCCUGUGGAAUGGACGGCAAGAUCAAAUUUUGGGAUUUUCUUACUGGAACACUUUUGGACCAGCUCGACUGGGCACCAAUGACCUUCCCGACACGCUGCCGUUACCACGCCGGCAGUAACCUUCUUGUGUUCUCAUGCGACGAUAAUUCUAUCCGCGUGGUCGAUAUCGAAACAAAGCGGACCAUUAGAGAGUUCUGGGGCCCCCAAGAUACCAUCAAUGAUAUAUGCUUUUCGACUGAUGGAAGAUGGGUCAUUGCAGCCUCGAAAGAUUGCCUUGUUCGGGUUUGGGAUCUUCCAACAAGUCAUUUGAUUGACGCGAUACGUCUGACUAAGCCGUGCAAUGCUAUUGCCAUGUCAGCCACGGGCGAAUACUUGGCAGCAUGCGUUGAAAAUGAACCAGGUGUCACAUUAUGGACCAACAAGGCACUCUUCAAGCAUGUUGCAACGCGGCAAAUAUCCGAAAAAGAGAUUACCGUUUUGCGCGGACCUACUGUGUCUGGCGAGGGCAACGAAGGAAUUCUUGAGGGCGCUUUUGAAGAUGAAGAAGAGGAUACCGAUGCCGACCUGGUGGCUCCUACAGUCGAUCAGCUGAGCUCCGAGAUGACAACACUCAGCCUUGUGCCGAGGAGUAGAUGGCAAACACUCCUGCAUCUGGAUUUGAUCAAAGAGCGGAACAAGCCGAAGGAAGCACCAAAGGCGCCAGAAAAGGCGCCUUUCUUCUUGCCAUCUGCUGGCACUAAAAAGGCGCUUGCAGAGAACACAGAUGGAAACGAUGACGGCUCAGGCUCUCGAAUUACGAAGCUCGAACAGGCUCGACUCGAGGAAGUGUUUAGUUCGAAGCUUAGGGUAGGAGCAGACAGCGGCAACUAUGAGGAGUUUAUUGAUCACCUGAAGGGACUGUCGCCCUCAAGCGCCGACCUGGAGCUGCGAUCAUUGUCAUUUGGCAGCGGAGGCGAUGACACUAAUGAACUCUUGCACUUUAUCCGCGCCUUGACCUACAGACUCAAGGCGAGACGCGACUACGAGCUUAACCAAGCUUGGAUGACUGUAUUUUUACGACUGCAUUUUGAUCUUGUUCUGGGUAGUGCGUCUUUGUUGGCAGCUCUGCAAGCGUGGAAGACGCAGCAAGAGCAGGAGGGUACCCGCUUGAAUGAAUUGGUUGGAUAUUGUGGUGGUGUUGUGACUUUUCUUCGCAGCCCGAGAACAUAG